AUGAAGCCUUAUAAUUUCUUAAUUUACAUCCAGAAAAUAUUUCCACAAUAAGACCCCUAAUACUAAAGAAAAGUCUUUAAAGCAGCAAAAAAACCUACUCUUUAAUAAAUUAGUUGGAGUAACAUAAAUCCUAAUUCCACUCCAAAGUAUACAGACAAUAUACAGCAAUCUUUGGAGGAAAAAGCAAAGGGCAAUAACUUUUUCUCUCAAAAAAACUAUUAAAAAGCUAUUGAAUGCUAUACGAAAGCUAUAAAUCUGCAUGGCACUGAUUCUAUUUAAUACUCAAAUAGAGCAGUCCAUAUAAACUUUUGA